AUGAUGACUAGUGAAUCGCUUGCUUCACAAGCCAGCAACAUGAAAUCAGAUGCAAAGGUACAUUUCCACGAAGCAGAAGAACAUUCUUCCAACUCACCGAGCCCAGCUGCUUCACCCAGCGGCUCUGAUACUGAGUCCCCACCACGUCAUAAAACACUAGCAAGCCUCCUUCGCCGGUCACACAGCCACAACGGCCACACCAGGCAUGAUAUGAGCAAUAAUGCUGCAGACAAGAGGGUUAGAUCUGAUUCCAGUGGCAGCUCUAGCACAUUUGUUGGUCCUUUGUUGACAGUCAGCCCAGCAGAUGAGUUAGUAUUUGAGUCUGGAGAUUCUGCAGAUCCCUUUGAUAUUAUAACUUUGACAAACACCAUGCCUUACCCAGUAGCUUUUAAAGUAAAAACAACAGCCCCAGAGAAGUUCCGAGUUCGACCAAGCUCAGGUCUAAUCAAGCCUCAGAAAACAGAAGAGGUCCACGUUUACCUUAUUUCAGAACCAACAGAGAAUAUCAACAAGGAGAAGUUCCUCAUCAUGGCUGUAAAUACAAAAGGUGAUUGUGUAGAUACCAACCAGCUGUUCAGGGAUUCUCCCAAGGAGUUGAUCAUGCAACACAAGCUGAGAUGCUCUUGUGCUGCACAGAUUCAUUCGCUUGAAAAGAACAUAAAUUCUUCCACUGAUGUUGCAGCAGUGCAGCAGCAGAGACUGGUGGAACAGAUUGAAGCACAGACUCGGCACAUCCAUCGACAGCUGAAGCUGCUGCUGCUGAUCCAGUUCUUGACAGCCUUCUUCCUGCUGCUGUUCGUGCUGUCCUAUUCCUGCUUUGGCGAGGAUGUGUUUACCCGUUUCCUGGCCCUGCCAUUUGACUUUUGUCAUACUUCACAUGGACGCAGAUGCACAUAA